UUCGGAAUAGCUUGCGCUGCGAACUGCGAAGAGCUGCUGGGAGUUGGGACUGGAACAGUGGAGCGACAAAUAUGUAUGGAUAUGAAAGUCAUGAAUCUCGCAUUGUGGUCUUCUCAUUGUCGCCCUCCCUUCAAAUUCAUUUCAACUUCUUGGCGUUUAGGCCAUUCAAUUCCUUCAUUUUCUGUAAACCCAAAACAAACAUUGAAAUGGGAAAGAACUCGAUAUUCGAUCUAUGGAGACUACAAUCCCAAGUCAGUCGAUUCAGAUAUCUAUAACUGUAAUUUGAAGAUUACAAAAUUGGGCCGUCAAAGAAAAGUUGAAGAAGCACGACAGAUUUUCGUAGAAAUGCCUCAUCGGGACAUUGUUUCUUAUACUUCUAUGAUCACCGUCUAUCUAAAAAAUGGAGAUCUUUAUAAAGCUGAAGAGCUCUUUCGGACAAUGCCAGGGAGAAGCAUUGUUGCUGACUCUGCGAUGAUUGAUGGGUAUGCGAAAGCUAAUCGAAUCAACGAUGCUAGGAGAAUUUUUGACAGAAUGCCUGAUAGAAACGUAUUCUCGUGGACAAGUUUAAUUUCUGGGUAUUUGAGUAUUGGUCGCGUUGACGAAGCUCGUCAGUUUUUUAAUCAGAUGUCAGACAGAAACAUAGUUGCAUGGACAACGAUGGUACUGGGUUAUGCUCGGAAUGGUUUGAUCAGUGAUGCUCGAGAUAUUUUCGACAAAAUGCCAGACAAAAACAUCGUUGCAUGGACUGUAAUGAUUAAAUCUUAUGUGGAGGACUGUCAAAUUGAUGAAGCACGGAAGCUGUUCAAUGAAAUGCCUCACAGGAAUCUGUACUCUUGGAAUAUAAUGAUUUUGGGAUAUCUAGAUGCUGGGAGAGUGAGUGAAGCAAUUGAACUUUUCAAAUUAAUGCCUCAAAGGAAUGCAAUUUCUUGGACAACUAUGCUUACCGGUUUGGCACGAAAUGGGCUGAUAGAAAAUGCAAGGCAGUACUUUGAUCAGAUGCCCAAGAAAGACAUUGCUGCAUGGAAUGCAAUGAUCACUGCAUAUGCUGAUGAUGGCCUAAUGUCUGAGGCAAAAGAGCUUUUCAAUUUAAUGCCAGAAAAGAAUAUUCUCACUUGGAAUACAAUCAUAGAUGGACAUGCGAGGAACGGACCCAAACACGAGGCCUUGAAGCACCUUGUCCUCAUGCUUCGGGCUGGCAGUAGGCCAAAUGAGAUUACUGUAACGAGUGUAUUGACUGCGUGUAAUGGUUUGGUUGAAACCGUGCAAGCGCAUGCACUUGUUAUAUUGCUUGGGUUUGAAGAUGAUACUUCACUGACAAAUUCACUGGUUACUAUGUAUUCAAGAAACGGAGACAUUGGCUCUGCUAGGAUUGCUUUUGAGAAUCUUAGGGCUAAGGAUUCUGUAUCAUGGUCAGCAAUGAUACUAGCAUACUCAAACCAUGGGUAUGCAGACCAUGCAUUAGAGGUCUUUGCGCGUAUGCUAAGAUCUGGAACCAAACCACAUGAGAUUACCUUUGUGGGGGUCUUAUCAGCCUGUAGUCAUGCAGGUCUUGUUGAUAAAGGUCUGAGGCUCUUCUACACAAUUAGCCAAGCUUAUGGUUUAGAACCAACAGCAGAGCACUACUCAUGCCUUGUUGAUCUCCUGGGCCGAGCAGGAAAAGUCGAUGAGGCUUUUAAAGUGGUGAGUCAGAUGCCACAGGGGAAGCAGGAUGGGGCUAUUUUGGGGGCACUGCUUAGUGCUUGUAAAUUGCAUGGGAAUGUUGCUGUGGCUAACCAAGUGGGAGAAGCUCUGAUAGAGCUAGAGCCAACCAGUUCAGGAGGGUAUGUGCUCUUGGCUAGUGUUUAUGCAGCACAUGAAAAGUGGAGUGAUUUUGCAGGAGUGAGGAAGAAGAUGAAAGAGAGAAAGGUCAGGAAAGUACCUGGGUUUAGCCAAAUAGAAGUGAAGAACAGAACUCAUGUGUUCUUUGUGGGGGAUAAGUCACAUCCCCAAGUCAAGGAAAUAUAUGCACUGCUAAAAGAGAUUCUUCUACCCCAAAUGAUAGAUAUGGGUUACUGUAAGAGAACCCCCAUUCUACUUGUAUAGUUAAGAAGGAAGGAAAUGUAAUUCUCCAUUUUA